UAGAAAAAAUUCCGGUAAUUUCGAUAUCAGGUUACCGAAGAAGACUCCCUAAGGAUCAAGAAAUAAUAAAGAUAGGGUGGGUGUUCUCAAGAUGUCUUUCCCCCCUCAUCUCAAUCGGCCACAAGUAGGCAUUCCCCCAUUACCCCCUGGGAUGCCUGCUCCACAGUUCGCAGGCUUUCCUCCAGCAAUGCCCCCUGGAACCCCAAUGAUACCAGUCCACAUGGGAAUCAUGACCCCUGCUCCAACGGUUCUGGUGCCCACCUCAGUGCCUGUGGUUAGCAAACCCGUUGUCCCUAGGAAGGAGCUCCCACCUACCCGUCCCAAGGAGACAGAGGAGAACACCGGUCCCACCACAACGGUUUUUGUGGGGAACAUCUCAGAGAAGGCUUCAGACAUGCUCAUUAGACAGCUGCUUGCGAAAUGUGGACUGGUCUUGAGUUGGAAGCGUGUCCAGGGAGCCUCUGGUAAACUUCAAGCCUUUGGUUUCUGUGAGUUUAAGGAGCCAGAGUCCACGCUGCGUGCUUUGAGGCUGCUCCAUGAGCUGCAGGUCGGGGAGAAGAAGCUACUGGUGAAGGUUGACGCUAAAACCAAGGCCCAGCUCGAUGAGUGGAAGGCAAAGAAGAAAAGUGCUAAUGGGGAUAGCAAGGCUGAGGACGGCGCAGAGGAGGAAGAGGAGAUCUUGGACGAGGAGACCAAAAAACGUGACGAAAUGGUCAAGACAGCCAUCGAUGGACUCAUCCGAGAAUAUUCUAAUGAGCUGAAUGCUCCCACACAAGACGAUGAAGCUCAUCGGCGGAGGAAAAAAAAAGGAAAAGAAAGAAGAGGUAUGUCUGCUUCUCAUCCUUUUUACUCUGUUUCCCCCCCCCUUCUUUUUCCUCUCUUCAUGGAGGACAUCAAUGCUAUUGACAUGGAGGAAGACAAGAGAGACUUAAUAUCCAGGGAGAUCAACAAAUUCCGUGACACCCACAAGAAACUGGAGGAGGAGAAAGGGAAGAAAGAGAAAGAACGGCUGGAGUUCGAGCGCGAGAGGAGGGAAAGAGACAAAGAGAGGGAACGGGAGCGGGAGAGAAGGGACCGCGAGAGGGAGAAAGAGCGGGAGAGGGAAAGGGAGAGAGAGAGAGAACGAGAGAGGGAACGAGAGAGAGAGUGGGAAAAGGAGAGAAUCCGCGAUCGGAGUAAAGACCGGAGCAGGUCCAGAGAGCAGAGCCGUGACAGAGAGCGGGGAAAGAAACGGGACCUCGAGGAAGAUGAGGAGGAGAUGUACGAGCGCCGCAGGUUGGAGAGGAAGCUCCGGGAAAAGGAGGCCGCUUAUCAGGAGCGUUUGAAGAACUGGGAAAUCAGAGAGAGGAAGAAGGCCAGAGAUUAUGCUAAGGAAGUGGAGAGAGAGGACGAGCGCAGGCGUGAAACGGCUAAAGAGGGCAAACGCCUAAAGGAGUUCCUGGAGGACUAUGAUGAUGAUCGCGAUGAUCCAAAAUAUUACAGGGGCAGCGCGCUGCAGAAGCGGCUACGGGACAGAGAAAAGGAGGUGGAGAUGGAUGAACGAGACAGGAAGAGAGAGAAAGAGGAGCACGAGGAGAUCAGACAGAGGCUCCUCGCAGAGGGACACCCUGACCCUGACGCUGAACUACGCAGGAUGGAAGAAGAAGCAGAGCGUCUGCUCCAGCCCCCGGUGAAACUCGAGCUCGAGGAAGAGAAAGAGAACAAGCCGCCGCGGGACGAGCGAGACAAACACAUGGAGGAGGAGGAGCAAGGCGAGCAGCCUGACAAUAAGCCCUGCCUCAAACCCACCCUGCGGCCGAUCACGGCCCUGGCGGCCACGUCGGUGUCCUCCGCCAGCGGCAACGCCACGCCCAACACGCCCGGGGAGGAGUCACCCUGCGGCAUCAUUAUUCCACAUGAAAACUCGCCCCCUGGCGCCCCACCUCAGGAAGAACACCGCCCCAAGAUAGGCCUGAGCCUCAAACUCGGUCCCACGGGCAGCCCCAGUCAGCCCAGCGUCGCCAAACGCAAGAAACUGCCGGUGGACAGCGUCUUUAAUCGCUUCGACGAUGACGAGGCUGAAGAAGCGCCGCGGAAGAGGAAGCUGGUGCCUUUGGACUACGGUGACGAUGACAAAGGCGGAGUGGACGGAGCUGGAAUGGGAGGAGGCAAAGGAGCCAACACUGAGGAGAAACGCAAACACAUCAAGAGUCUGAUUGAGAAAAUCCCCACAGGCAAACCCGAGCUCUUCAGCUACCCGCUGGACUGGUCCAUGAUCGACACGGCUCUCAUGGAGAAACGGAUCCGGCCGUGGAUCAAUAAGAAGAUUGUAGAGUACAUCGGUGAAGAGGAAGCCACGCUAGUCGAUUUUGUUUGCUCAAAGGUAAUGGCACACAGUACGCCUCAAGGUAUCCUAGACGAUGUUGCUAUGGUGCUGGACGAGGAGGCUGAGGUUUUUAUUGUCAAGAUGUGGAGGUUAUUGAUAUAUGAGACAGAAGCCAAGAAGAUUGGACUUGUGAAAUAGAGGAUAAACUGAAUGAGGUAGCAUUCAGCUUUUACUUCCCAGUUUCAUUUCAUAAGUCAUGAGUUCCUGUCGAUAAGAAAAAGGAAACUACUCGUAAAAUCAAGUGACCUGUGGACUUUGAAACAUUGGGGGCCCUAUUAAGCUGUUUAUAUUAAGCGAAUAUUACACUGUUUGUUUAUUUUUUUUUGUUGUUGUCGUUUGUUUUCCACGGCAUCCAUCCGUCUGGACUCUCUCCUGCAUGUGACAUCAGGCAGUGUGCGUUCACAUGGACCGUAUGAUGGUGUGAAGUAUGCAAAACGCUCAUAGCCACACAGAACCUCCACUCAGCUGGGGCUGUGCACAUUUAAAGCACUCAGGACAGUUUAGGUUUGUUGACAAAGUUCAGGGGACAUUGUAGCUUCAGUAGCCCCCCCUCCCC